GAGGGAGCGUUGCGGUGGCACCAAGCGUAGCAACACGUCCGAAAAAGUUCUGCGAACGCAGUUAGGAGCCGGGACGGCGCGGAAGGUAAGAGUCCAGCAGAGAGUUGGCCGGGUAAUGAGCGGCAAUAGUUUCCUUCUGUGCGGAGGUGUUGGGUUACAGCGCGAGGCUGGGCGGGGUGGGGAGAAGGGGAACAUUGUCCCGCCGCCCCCUUCCCCCCUUUCCCCUCGGGCUGCGCACAGCGGACGGGCGAGCGGAGCGCGAUGCCACGGGCCCGGGGGCCGGCGGGCGGCGGGGGGGGCUGCCACGCAGGCAGGGAACGGCGGGCGGCCGGGGCCGGGGCUGAGGCUCCCCGCGCGUUGCGCUGAGCCAGGCAGGGAAGGGGACUGCGCCGCCCACCCCCAGGCAAGGCGGCCCGGACUCGCCCGGGGGGCUCGCGGGGAGGAUGAACGGGCUGCGGAAGCUGUUCCGCGGCAGCGGCCGGGCGCUGGCGUUCGUUUUCGUGGCCUCUGUCAUCUGGCUGCUCUUUGACAUGGCCGCGCUCCGGCUCUCCUUCGGCGACAGCGCCGCGCGGGCGGCGGCGGGACGGGGGCGGCGGGAGCGGGGCCGACCCUGGAGAGCCCCCCCGGAGCCGGAGGGCGGCAGCCGCCGGGACCACGGCCCCCCCAGGGCCACUGCGGCGGGGCUGGCGGCGGCCGCGGGGCCGCGCGGGGGCGCGGACGGGGAGAGCGCGCCGACGACGGCAGCGGGGGAGCGGGGUCCGGGCGGGGAGCGGAGCCCCCCGGCAUCGACCGCCCCGAGCGGAGGAGCGCGCCCGGGGGGAACGGUCGCGCGGGUGUCCGUCCCGCACAACGUGGCACCGGCGGUCAGCGCGGCCCCGGCACGGGCGGGGGACGCGGCGGCGGAUCGGACCGCUCGCGGGGACGGGGAGCCGGGGGCACCGGGCAGGGCGGGAGGCAGCGCUCCGUCCCGCAAAGCCCCGUCCCCUGCAAAGCGAAACGGGACGGAGGGACCCGUGCACGGCACCCACGGCAGCCCGCACCCGGGGGGCGCCGCCCCGACGGCACGGGCAGCGGGGCGUGGGGAGAGCAGAGGGGAAGAGAACGCAGUGUCUCCUCCUGAGCGCUUCAUCCUUAUUAGCAAAGAGGGGGUCAACCUCAGCAACUCUGCAGCACCCAACCUCGGCUUCGACUCUGGGGGAAACUUCACCAGGAGCCAAGAACCGCACCAAGUACCAGGGAGCAAUGGCACCUCUGCCACACGCACCACCAGGAGCACUGCAGCACCUCGCACCCCAGGCCAUGGCACCCCCAGGGCAGCAGCAGCAGGACCAGGGAUGGCCCCCGAGCUGGGUGGGCAGGAGGCAGCAGCCAUCGGCACGCACCGGGUCCUGGCCAUGGAUGUCACGCUGGCACCCAGAGACCCCCAGGCACCCGGGCAGUUUGGGCAUCCGGUGGCGGUCCCCGAUGACAAACAAGAGGAAGCCAAAAGUCGAUGGAAAGAAGGAAACUUUAACGUCUUCCUCAGCGAUAUGAUCCCUGUGGACCGAGCCAUAGCAGACACCAGGCCUGCUGGGUGCUUGGAGCAGCAGGUUCACAACGACCUGCCGACCACCACCAUCAUCAUGUGCUUCGUGGAUGAGGUGUGGUCCACACUGCUGCGCUCGGUGCACAGCGUGCUCAGCCGCUCCCCCCCACAUCUGCUCCAGGAGCUCAUCUUGGUGGACGACUUCAGCACUAAAGACUACCUCAAGGAGAAGCUGGAUGCAUACAUGUCGCAGUUCCCGAAGGUGAAAGUCCUGCACCUCAGAGAAAGGCAUGGUCUCAUUCGGGCCCGGCUGGCGGGCGCACAGGUGGCCAGAGGCACCGUGCUGACCUUCCUGGACUCACACGUGGAGUGCAACGUGGGCUGGCUGGAGCCACUGCUGGAGCGCGUCCGCCUGCGCCGUGCCAGGGUGGCCUGUCCUGUCAUCGAGGUGAUCAGCGACAAGGACAUGAGCUACAUGACUGUGGAUAACUUUCAGCGUGGGAUUUUUACUUGGCCGAUGAAUUUUGGAUGGAAGCAGAUCCCACAAGAAGUCAUUGAGAAAAACAAACUCAAGGAAACUGAUAUAAUAAGGUGCCCGGUAAUGGCAGGGGGCUUGUUCUCCAUUGAGAAGAAGUACUUCUUUGAGCUGGGAACGUAUGACUCAGGACUGGAUGUCUGGGGAGGUGAAAACAUGGAGCUUUCAUUCAAGGUCUGGAUGUGCGGAGGAGAGAUCGAGAUCGUCCCGUGCUCCAGAGUCGGGCACAUCUUCAGGAACGACAACCCCUACUCGUUCCCGAAGGAUCGGGUGAGAACGGUGGAGAGGAACCUGGCGCGCGUGGCUGAGGUCUGGCUGGACGACUACAAGGAGCUGUUCUACGGCCAUGCCUACCACCUGCUGCAGCGGCGCGCGGAGCUGGGCGACCUGAGCCAGCAAAAGGCGCUGCGGGAGAGGCUGCAGUGCCGGAGCUUCCGCUGGUACCUGGAGAACGUGUACCCAGACCUGGCAGCUCCCCUGGUGAAGGCCAGCGGGCUGCUUGUGAACGUAGCCACGGCGCGCUGCAUUGCUGCACAGAACACCACUCUGGCUCUGCAGGCGUGUGAUGUUAACAACAAGGCGCAGCACUUCAACUACACCUGGCUGCGGCUGCUGCAGCACGGAGAGCUGUGCGUGGUGCCCGUGGGUGCUGCGGGAGCGCCGGGACUGCGGCCAUGUGAGGGCUGGGAGAGCGGCCUGGCCUGGAGGCACAGCUCCAUGGCAGCACGCCCUGAGCUGGCUGAGCACCUCAUGGUGCAGCACCAGCAUCCACCCGCCUGCCUGCUCGUGCACCCCGUGCUGCUGGCCCUGCGGCUGGGCGCAUGCACCACCACCGACCGCUACCAGCAGUGGAGGUUUGGCAGCUACCAUGUGGCGUGAUGGAGCACUGGGCCACUGCAAGACAUCCAGCAGCAGUGACUAGAAGUCAAGAUGGCCAGCAGAGCUGGGAGUUCCCUUCCAAGCAGGAAUCGAACCAGCAUAGCAAGAGCUCGGAGCACCCAGCGCAGCACAGCCCCUGUAAGGACAUUGGAAAUGUGGUUUGCCUUCAGCUGUGAGGCAAAAACCCACAUUGUUUUCUGUGUUAUUAAAGAGAAAUAUUUUCUGAA